UGAACGCUGGAGUGCAAUAGCAGCUCUCCGCGGCUAUGCACCACCCGUAGAGGAAGAAGGUUUUCUAUGAGGGCAAAUGAAGCCAGUCCCAGUGCGUGUGUUUCAGCGCGUUCACGUUACCGGCACACAGGCUGCAUGAUGGCCGAGGGAGGCGGACCCGAGUCGGGUAACGCAGCGGACUCCGACUCGGAGCCGGUAGCUGCACAAAUACCGACUCCUUCAACCGAAAGUCAAAAACAGACUAUUGGGUCUCUUUUGAAAACGUCUCUGAGAAAGGGUGACGAAUGGUAUCUAAUAGACAGUCGGUGGUUCAAACAGUGGAAGAAGUAUGUGGGGUUUGACAGCUGGGAUAUGUACAAUGUUGGAGAACGAAGCCUCUAUCCAGGACCAAUUGAUAACUCUGGCCUGUUCUCAGACCAUGAGACUCAAGCCCUGAAAGAGCACCUUAUAGAUGAGCUUGAUUAUGUCCUAGUACCUACUGAGGCAUGGAAUAAGCUAGUGAGCUGGUACGGCUGCCUUGAGGGCCAGAGACCUAUCGUCAGGAAGGUCGUUGAACAUGGCAUGUUUGUCAAGCACUGUAAAGUGGAGGUCUAUUUGCUGGAGCUGAACUUGUGUGAGAAUGACAAUAUGGACAAUGUUGUUACACGUCAUUUCAGUAAAGCUGAUACUAUAGACACUAUAGAGAAGGAGAUGAGAACACUGUUCAAUAUCCCAUCAGAGGAAGAGACCAGGCUCUGGAACAAAUACAUGAGCAAUACGUACGAGCAGCUGAACAAGCCAGACAGCACCGUACAGGAUGCUGGUCUUUUCCAGGGACAGGUGCUUGUGAUUGAGCGCAAAAAUGAGGAUGGUACGUGGCCCAGACAAGCUUCACAUCCCAAAUCAAGUACAACCCCAUCCAGGAAUUUCACUACCUCUCCAAAACUCUCCUCAAACUCAUCCCCAACAGUAACCAAUGGAGACAGCAACUGCAGCCCUGGAUACACGCUGAACAACAGCACCUCAUCCAGCAACAGAUAUGGGGGCUACAAUUCAUACAGCUCCUACAAUUACAGGGAGUCACAAUCGCAGCCUGGCUUAUGUGGGCUCAGUAAUUUGGGAAAUACGUGCUUCAUGAACUCUGCCCUUCAGUGCCUGAGCAAUGCAUCUCCACUCACAGAGUACUUCCUCACUGACCAGUAUGAGGCAGAGAUAAACAGAGAGAAUCCUCUGGGAAUGAGGGGGGAGAUAGCUGAGGCCUAUGCAGAUCUAGUAAAACAAAUGUGGCUCAGCCGCAGCAGUUAUGUGGCCCCACGUACCUUCAAAACCCAGGUCGGACGCUUUGCCCCCCAGUUUUCAGGCUAUCAGCAGCAGGACUCUCAGGAGCUGUUGGCCUUCCUGCUUGACGGGCUCCAUGAAGAUCUGAAUAGGGUCAAGAAGAAGCCUUACUUGGCCCUAAGGGAUGCAGAGGGCCGUCCAGAUGAGAUUGUUGCCAAGGAAGCCUGGACAAACCACCGUUUGCGCAAUGACUCUAUUAUAGUUGAUAUUUUCCAUGGCCUCUUCAAAUCCACCUUGGUAUGCCCAGAGUGCUCCAAGGUAUCUGUUACCUUUGACCCAUUUUGCUACCUCACAUUGCCUCUGCCCUUGAAGAAGGACCGUACCAUGGAAGUUUUCCUGGUGCGAUCAGACCCUCAGUCAAGACCCACACAGUAUCGGGUGGUGGUCCCCAAACUGGGUACUAUAACAGACCUGUGCAGCGCCUUGUCCAAACUCUGUGGAAUCCCUCCAGAAAAUAUGGUGGUGGCAGAUGUUUACAAUCACAGAUUCCAUAAACUUUAUAGACGGGAUGAUGGCCUCAACCAAAUCAUGGAAAAGGAUGACAUCUUUGUGUAUGAGGUACAGGAGGAGAACAAUGAAAGGAUGAACCUGCCUGUUUAUUUCAGGGAGCGCCACUCAAAGCAUGCUGGAAGCUCCACAAGCACCAUGCUGUUUGGCCAGCCUUUACUUAUCACCGUGCCCAGACAUAACCUCAUAGCAGACGUUCUUUAUGAUAAGAUCCUAGAGAGGAUUGGACGCUACGUAAAACACUCCCAGAGCCCUUCUACUGAAAGCAGGGCGUCAGCCUCAGCCACCUUAUCCAGCUGCAGUCAGGCCCCUGAAUGUUCUACAUCUUCUAGUCUCAAUGCCAGCCUGGGUGGCUGUGGCAGUCCCUUAUCAGAUGGGGCCUCCUGCAGUGCCAGCUCCAGUAAUGGCAGCAACCACUCAGGGACCUGCAAUGAAACGAAUGGGUUGUAUGAUGGUGAAGAGGAGGCCAUGGACCACCAAGUGAGUCCAGAGCCAGAAAAUGGCCAAUCUGAAGAGGAGGAGGAGGCCUCUGACUUAGAAAAUGGGUCCAAAGGAGACACGACCAAGCUCUUUACUUUCAGCAUAGUCAACUCUUACGGAACGGCCAACAUUAGCCCGCUGCCUUGUGAUGGAAAUGUCCUCAAACUUAAUCCACAUUCCACAGUGGCCAUCGACUGGGACACAGAGUCGAAGAAACUCUACUAUGAUGAACCGGAAGCAGAGGCUUAUGAGAAGCAUGAGAGCAUGCUGCAGCCCCAAAAAAAGAAAACCACUGUGGCUCUAAGGGAAUGCAUCGAGCUCUUUACAACAAUGGAAACACUGGGAGAGCAUGACCCAUGGUAUUGUCCAACAUGCAAGAAACACCAACAGGCCACAAAGAAGUUUGACUUAUGGUCACUUCCUCGGAUUCUGGUGGUUCAUCUAAAGCGUUUCUCAUACAACCGAUGCUGGAGGGACAAGCUGGACACAGUGGUGGACUUUCCCAUCAGGGAUCUCAACAUGUCUGAGUUUGUGUGUGACCCUAAGGCCGGCCCCUACAUCUACGACCUUAUUGCUGUGUCAAACCACUAUGGAGGAAUGGGAGGGGGUCACUACACGGCUUAUGGCAAGAAUAAAGUGGACGGAAAGUGGUAUUACUUUGAUGACAGCAGCGUCUCAUCUGCCACAGAGGAUCAGAUUGUGACUAAAGCCGCCUACGUGCUGUUCUAUCAGCGCAUAGACGAAGAAAGCCCCUCCAAACCUCAACCUUCGGCGUCAUUGGGAGGAGCCCCGGAGCCAGCCGAUGACCACAUGGACACAAAUUAAGAAGCCCAGAUGAAAAGGGACACACACUGAAAUGCAUAUGGCAAAUAGAGACACUCGGACGCACACACAAAGCUACUUUAGUGGCAGAGGAUUCCACAGACGUAAAAUUAUUAAUCCUA